CAGAGGACAGCUCACAAGACCAAAGGACAUAGCAGAAGGAACCAGAGAUGGCUCACCUGCAGGUUCUGCUCAUGUUGCUGUGGAGCUCAGGACUCUGGGCUGAAGGAAACCACGACUCAGCAGGUGUUCAGUGUGAAACAGCCAAAGCUGACCUCGUGAUGUUGGUGGAUGAGUCUGGGAGCAUCAGCAGUGUCGACUUUAGAGUCAUGAAGUCAUUUCUUAUUGAGAUCGUUAAAAACUUCAACAUCGGCCCGGACAAAGUCCAGAUUGGUCUGACAUCAUUCGCUAGAGCACCAAUGGCUGAGUGGUACUUAAAUUCCCAUCUGACCAAGGAUUCCCUGACAGAGGCGAUAAAAAGAUUAGUACAACUUCUGGGACCAUCGUACACAGGAAAAGCUCUGAGAUACAUCCUCCAUAACCAGUUUAAACCCUAUAUGGGAAUGCGUCCAGACUCCAGAAAGAUCGUUGUUCUGAUCACAGAUGGAGCAGCAAAUGAUGACAUACAUCUGCCCUCAAAGAACCUGAAAGACACAGGCAUCGAGGUCUACGCUAUUGGUGUGGGGGCUGCCCCAGAGAGGGACAUGAAGUCCAUCGCCUCUGAUACUGAUCACAUGUACCUUAUAGAGGGCUUCAGUUCUCUCCAUGCUCUGGUCAAGAAUGUCUCCAUGAGCCUCUGUAACAGCGCUAACAGCUUAGACUCUGUCAGGCUGCUGAAGGGUUCCAGUCUGUGUUCAGGCAGACUGCAGGUGAAGUCUAACCAGAGAUGGUCCUCAGUGUGUGAAGAUGACUUUGACCUGCAGGAUGCAGAGGUGGUCUGCAGGGAGCUUGGCUGUGGGCCUCCUUCGCUCCUCCAGGGGGUGCUCUAUGGAGAAGUGGAGGCUCCAGUGUGGAGCAGAGAGUUCCAGUGUGGAGGCCAUGAGUCUGCUCUCCUGGACUGUAGAAGCUCAGGCUCAGUGAGAAGCAGCUGCUCACCUGGCAAAGCUGCUGGACUCACCUGCUCAGAGCCUGUCAGGUUGGUGGGAGGAGCCAGUCGCUGUGCAGGUACACUGGAGGUGAGGCGAGGAGAGUGGAGACCAGUGGCGAUGGAAAUCUGGAACCUGAAGGAUGCAGCUGCUGUCUGUGGACAGAUGAACUGUGGUUCUGCUGUUUCUGUAGGAAAUACACAGAGUUCUUCACAGAGGUCGGUGUGGUGGGUGGAGUCACUCUGUGUUCAGGCUGGAUAUGCUCUGAAAGAGUGCGCAUCAGCAGAUCACUCUUCCUCCACCCUUGAUAUCACCUGUUCAGACUCUGUCAGGCUGCUGAAUGGUUCCAGUCUGUGUUCAGGCAGACUGCAGGUGAAGUCUAACCAGAGAUGGUCCUCAGUGUGUGAAGAUGACUUUGACCUGCAGGAUGCAGAGGUGGUCUGCAGGGAGCUUGGCUGUGGGCCUCCUUCGCUCCUCCAGGGGGCACUCUAUGGAGAAGUGGAGGCUCCAGUGUGGAGCAGAGAGUUCCAGUGUGGAGGCCAUGAGUCUGCUCUCCUGGACUGUAGAAGCUCAGGCUCAGUGAGAAGCAGCUGCUCACCUGGCAAAGCUGCUGGACUCACCUGCUCAGAGCCUGUCAGGUUGGUGGGAGGAGCCAGUCGCUGUGCAGGUACACUGGAGGUGAAACAGGGACUGUGGAGAUCUGUGGAGGCCUCAGGCUGGACCCUGAUGGAUGCAGCUGUAGCCUGCAGAGAGCUGGACUGUGGCUCUGCUGUUUUAACAGGAAGCAGAAAUGCAUCCUGGGAUGGACCAACGUGGAAGAUCAAACCUGCCUGUGUUAAAUCUGGAUCUACACUGAGGGAGUGUGCCACAUCAUCCCAGUCACCCACCGUCCUGGAGCUCAUCUGCUCAGACCUGCUGGUUCAGCCAAUCAUCUCAGCGUCCUUCUCGUCCAAUGACGGGGACUCCCAGGUCCAGCAGCAGGAGUCUUCUUGGGUGUUAAAAGGCUCCAGCUUCACCAUCAGCUGCUCCAUCCAGCCUCAGUACCCAGGAGGCUCUUUCCAGCUCACCUUCACCUCCUCCAGCACCACCAACAACUACACCCAGCCAGCUGUCAAUCACUCUGCCCACUUCCUGUUCCCUGCUGCAGAGCCCGCCCACCAAGGAACCUACAGCUGUGUUUAUCGCGUCUUCGUGUUUUCUCGUAACUUCUCCUCUGAGAGCCGUCAGCUGUCUCUCACUGUCUCAGAUCCAACAGUGUUUGUCAUCAGACUGCUGCUCCUGCUGCUGAGCCUGCUGCUCUUCAUCUCUGCCGUCUGUUUCAGCCAUAAGGUCACCGGGAGGCAGAAGCCCCGCCCACCAGAGGACCAGGAGCUGGAUGGUUAAAGCUGGCAGUGUCCAGAAAGGCAGGCAGCUCAGCAGCGCCUCCACAUGGUGGAGGAAGUGUUUGCAUCCUUCACCACAGUGUGAACAUGAUGUAGAACCACAGUAUUCUGUAUAUUACAUCAUCAGGUCAUGUGUUACUCCUGUAUUAAAGUGUGAGCAUUAAUACUUGUUUAUAUUUACUGCUUCCAGCUUCUUCCAGUCCUGUUUGUAUCCCUAAAAUAAUGACUGCAGCUAAUCAUCACUGAUCGAUCAACAUGUGACUGUUUCAUAAAUAAUUAACUGAUUGAUCAGAUUGUCAAAACUCUCCAAACAGUGAAAAAUAGUUGGUGUAUUUUGGCUCUGCUCUGUGACCUUUGACCCUCCCGUGUGCAGCUGCAGACUGUCUCACCUGUCCUCUGCUCCCAGCUGGGGACAGGUGAGACAUUUUAUGUGAAGUUGGUCGCCUUCUUGCUCCGACCUGUUUUUUCCUGUUUCCUUCUUUGCUCCUCAGUUUAGUUUCUUGGUUUCAGGUUAGUUUCCUCCUCUGGUGGAUUUCCAGGAUCUCCUGUUCUUCAGCGUCUUCUGUUCAGAUUGUUUUGAUCAAUAAAGCUUCUUUUGUAUGCUGAGAGUCUGCAUGCUGCAUUUCUUCCUGACACACUGAUGUGGCCGUCAGUGAGAUGAGCUCAUGUGCUGGGUUUGUACCAAUGCUGCGUUUUUACACGCUGGAAACAUGAAAUGCGUCCCUGCUCUGAUCCUGGCGCCACCUUUCCUGCAUCCCAGCGUUCCCUGUGAGUAAUCCACGGCUCCUCUAAUAAAGGCCACAUGUGGAAAGGCUGAGAUAUUACAGCCUGUGACUCAAACACAGUCGAUAUUGUCGCACAUCUGUUUGAUCAGAACACAAAACUGAAUGACGUCAAAGAAAUUUUACCACCAAAACUGUUUCCAUCACAUAUAAAUAUUUAUAAAUAUCAUAAAUGUUGUUUUUAAACUGUUCAUUAAAGGUGUCCCAGUGUUUCCACACAAACUCUAACGUGACUCACAGGAGAAGUGUCCUCACUCAUGUUUCCUCUCCUUCUUUAUCUCCUCAUCACCUUCGUGUGUUUCCUCUCUGACAGGAAGUUCUGAGCAGCUUUGUCAUGUGACAGCUGACGUGGAUCAUGUUACGCGCUGAGCAGCAUUAACUUAAAACCAGAGGAUGAAACAGGAGAACCUGAAAGAGAGUUUUCAACCAAACUCACCUGAGUUUGUUUUAAUCUGCUGCGUGAAAAACCGACCAAUCAGAUUACAGAUGAUACAACU